AUGUCUUACGAAAUUCCCGAGCUCCAAUGGGCCCAGGUUGUCGAGGAGGUCGGCGGCCCUCUGACCUACAAGCAGAUCCCCGUCCCCAAGCCCGGCCCUGAUGAGGUCCUCGUCAAGAUCGCCUACUCUGGCGUCUGCCACACUGACCUGCACGCCAUGAAGGGCGACUGGCCCGUUCCCGUCAAGAUGCCUCUUGUCGGUGGACACGAGGGUGCCGGUGUCAUUGUUGCCAAGGGCUCCAUGACCCAUGGUGUCGAAAUCGGUGAUCACGCCGGUAUCAAGUGGUUGAACGGUUCCUGCAUGAACUGCGAAUACUGCAAGACUGCCGAUGAGUCCCUCUGCGCUCACCAGUCUCUGUCUGGUUACACCGUUGACGGUACUUUCCAGCAGUACGCUAUUGGAAAAGCUGCUCACGUCACCAUCCUCCCUAAGACCGUCCCUCUCGACGGCGUUGCCCCCAUUCUGUGCGCCGGUGUCACUGUCUACAAGGGUCUCAAGGAGUCCGGUGCUCGCCCCGGUCAGACCAUGGUCAUUGUCGGUGCUGGUGGUGGUCUCGGUUCCCUCGCCCUGCAGUACGCUAAGGCUAUGGGUCUCCGCCCUAUUGCCAUUGACGGUGGCGAGGAGAAGCGCGAGAUGUGUGAGAAGCUCGGUGCCGAGGUCUACGUUGACUUCCUGAAGUCCAAGGACGUCAUCGCUGAUGUCAAGGCCGCUACCCCUGAUGGCCUCGGUGCUCACUGUGUUCUGCUCCUCGCCGCCUCUGAGGGUCCCUUCCAGCAGGCCGUUGCCUACUCCCGUCCCCGUGGUACCAUCGUUGCCAUCGGUCUCCCCAAGAACGCCUUCCUCAAGGCCCCCGUCUGGGACACUGUUACCCAAAUGAUCAACAUCAAGGGUUCUUACGUCGGUUCCCGCCAGGAUGCCAUCGAGGCCGUCGACUUCUACGCUCGCGGCUUGAUCCACGCCCCCUACAAGACCGUUCCCUUGACCCAACUCCCCGAGGUCUUCGAGCUUAUGGUCCAGGGCAAGAUCGCUGGUCGCUACGUCCUUGAGGUUCCCCAGUAA